AUGUUGGACGCGAUACGGAUCCAAGAGACACGAUCAAAGACACCGAAAAAAUUUUUUGAUUUUUUGCAGGGAGACAUUCGAAACUGGUACGAAUCAAAUACAAACUUACUUAGCACUAUUUCUGAAUCAUUGAAAUCGUUGGAAAUUCCAAGAAGCCAACGGGAUAAAGAGCAAAUUUGUGAAUUCAUAUGUCAGUCAUUUUUCACCCGGUUUUUGGUGUUAUGUGGGGAGGAAACGGACAAUUUGAGGCCAGAAUCGUAUACCGGUCGAUUCCUGCUAAAACUCAAAGCGUCAUAUGUCUCAAAUGAUUGGCGCCAAUUCUACAAUGACCACGAGCACUAUUUUGACUACUUGAUUAAUCUGGCAAGAGUUCAGAAAAUAAUCGAUAUUAAAAUCGAGGCAAAGAACGGAACGGUUUGGGAUACUUUUCAUGAAGCCAAGAAUUCAAUUAGGACACCACCGAGAUCAUUUUGGUUUUGCUGUGUUGGAACUGUAACUCCUCCGGUAGAUCAAAAGAAAAAAUUGGAGACUGAAGUUGUGACUGUUCAACCGAAAGAGCACGUGAUACUGCCAGAUGUCAUCCCAAUACCAUCUGAAACUGGUGCUCCGGAAUUGGUUGCGGUCCCGUCGGAAAAUAUUCAAAAUAAUGAUAGUUUUGAGGAUUUUGAGAAGGAAAUAAACAAGAUAGUCAAUGAUGUGACAGAUUUUCGAAAUGAGAGUAUUGGGAGCAAACCGCCGGCAACAGAAAAAGAGAAAGAGCGUCCGGGAGUUCAUAGAACACCCAGUCUCUCCUCUAACACCUCCUCCUUGAACUUUACCAAUCGUUGUAAUGAGGCGGACGCAAGUUUCCGUCGAAAACUUGACGCUCAAAACGAGAGAUUCAACGAGGAAAUGCGUAAAGUACGUGAAAAACGAGAGCAAAUGAAUCGGGAAGCCGAGGAAGACAUGAGACAGUUCCGGAAGGAAUCGUCUAGAAGGAUUCAGAUGUUCUUGAAUUGUAUCAAGUUGAGGAUACGGUGGGAGGAGCAAGAACAGGAAUGGGGAGAUUGGUUGAAGACGAUGAGGGGGACGGUGGUGAAGGUGAAGACGACUUUUUUGGAUUUCGAUCAUAAUCGGAAGUAUAAUGACGAGGAAGAGAAUUUGACCUCCCUCCUGCACCUCCAAAAAACCGUGCAAAUCGCGUAUGAUAAGUUGACGUAUGAAUUCGAGAAUCUUCUCACACUAACCGAUCGAUACGUGGAUAAACUGUUUCUGAGAGUGAUUCAGAGAAAGAUUAGUCAGGUGGCGAACAAGUUGUGUGAUCUCAUGGAAGCACUGGAUGAGUAUCAGGACGACGAAAUACCGUAUUCCACGCUGAAAGACCUGGAGAGGACCAUUGAUUCAAUGGAGGUGCCAACCACCUCAGAACUCCGAAGAAUUUGUGCAAAUGCAUCAGAAAAGGAGUACAGUUUUGUCGCUCCACCGAAACAUCCAAAGUCCUAUUGUGUUAUAAAUGAGAUUUGA